GUGUUUUCAGAAGCCUUGCCCGGCUGCUGUCAUAUCACAAACCUGCUGGGUAGAUAAUUGAAGCGACAACAACAACAACAACACAGACUCAUCAGGCUAAUCAUAACGGAAGACGUACCGGUUAACAUUAAAGUCUGCUAGGCGCGGUUCUGCGCCCCGUUACAAAAUGGCACAAGCUAACAUUUCUGUAACGGAGAGUCAGUUCCGAUGCCCGAUCUGUCUGGAGGUGUUGAACGACCCAGUGUCCAUUCCUUGCGGACACACCUACUGCAUGCGCUGCAUCAACAAGUACUGGGACCAAGUUGACGCGACCAGCCAGUUCAGCUGUCCGCAAUGCCGGGAUGCAUUCAGCCCGAGACCGGUGCUUCGGCGGAACACGGUGCUGGCCGAGCUAGUGGACAAACUCAAACUGAGCAGCGAAGCGUCUUUUCUUUCCACAGCGUCGCCCGACCAUUACAUGGGAGGGGUCGGGGACGUCGCCUGCGACUUUUGCCCGAUCGAUAGUAAACUGAAAGCGGUCAAGUCCUGCUUGGUGUGUCUGGCAUCUUUCUGUGAGAUGCACGUCCUGCCCCACCGGGAGGUCGGAACCCUACGGCGCCACAAGCUGGUGGCCGCGGUGGAGUGCCUGGCGGACCGGCUGUGUGCACAACACCGCCUCGGCCUGGAGCCUAGCGGAACCGGAGCGGACGGGGAGGUCGCGGAGGAGUGGACCGGGGACUGUCUGUUGUGCGAGGCUGACCACGAAGAGAUCCACAACGUGGACGGACAGAGAGCCAGGAGACGGCUCCAGCUCCAGGAGAGUCACAGACUGCUCCAGGGGAGGACUCAGACUGCGGAGCGAGACCUGGAGGAGUUUCAGCAGAGUCUUGAGUCCUUCAAGGUCUCUGCGUCGGUGGUGGCGGAGGACAGCGAUGCUCUGUUUGCUGACGUGGCCCUCCGCCUGGAAAAGAUCAGGGCUGAGAUGCGUGCACGGCUGGAGGCCAAGGAGCGUGCGGUGGUGGGGCGGGCGGAGCGGGAGGUGGAGGCCCAGCAGAGAGAGGUGGAGGAGCUGAGGAGGAGAGAGGAGGAGAUCAGCCUGCUGCUGGAGACCGACGACAACACCACACACUACCUGCAGACGGCCUCCCUGCUGUGCCAGCCCCCCCCCAGCGGUCGUCGCUGCAGGACCCCCUCCCUCCCCAUGGAGCCGUUCAGCACGGCCCGGAAGGCCCUCUGUCACUUCCGCUCCCGUAUGGAGGAGGUGUCCAGCGAGGAGGUGGACAAGAUCAGCAGCGCAAUCAACGAGAACUGUGUCUCAGGAGGAGAAUGUUUCAAAGUAGCUCCAGUGCCGUUCCCCCUCUCAUCUGUGUCCCUGCAGCCUUCAGACCACAGGAUGAGAGCAGCCUUCCUCAGGUUCUCCUGCGGCCUCUCCCUGGACCCCGACACGGCCCACCCCACCCUGGUGCUGCUGGGGGGCCCGUCGGCGGGGGCCCACUGCGGGGAGGAGCCCCAGGCCUACCCCCUGCACCCCCAGCGCUUCGACUCGGUGGCCCAGGUGCUGUGCCGCGAGGGCCAGUUCUCGGGCGCCAGCUACUGGGAGGUGGAGUGGCGUGGCGGGGGCUGGGUGGACGUGGGCGUCACCUACCGCGGCAUCGGCCGCAAGGGCGGCGGCAAGCCCUGCCUGCUGGGCCGCAACGAGCACUCGUGGCGCCUGCGCUGCACGCACACGGGCUACUCGGCGUGGCACGACAACCGCAAGACCACGGUGGCGUCGGCGCCGUGCCCGCGCGUGGCCGUGUUCCUGGAGCGCCACCGGGGGGCGCUGUCGUUCUACAGCGUGUCGGACGUGCUCACGCUGCUGCACACCUUCCAGGGGCCCUUCUCCCAGCCGCUGUACCCCGCCUUCCGCCUGGACCUGGACGCCACACUGGUCAUACACCCAGCGCCCGGCGGCCAGGGCACGCCGCCGUAGCCCCCCCCCCCCCCCCCCCCAGACGGGCUCGGCCAUUCAGUUAGCUUUCUCUCUGUCUCUCUCUUUCUCUCCCUCUGUCCCUGUCUCUCUUUCACUGUUUCUGCCUCCCUAUCUCUCUCUCUCUCUCUAUCUCUGUCCCUCUGUCUCUAUCUCUGUCUGUCUUCUACCAAAAGAGCUCAUCUGGAACGAGGAUUAACAUUAAUUUGUUAUUUUACUGUUUCGCUGUGCUCUCUGCUCACCAAAGGAACGUAGCUCUAUUAUACACAUGUUUACAUGUGAAUGGACACUAAACAGAGAUAUUGUUUCUAUGCAUGACAAACUAUUAUAAAAAAAGUAUUUUUAUUUAUCAACAUUGGGUCAUUAUGUAGGGAUUUAGUGUGAAAUGAUAUACCAUAAUGCACUUCAGGAUAAUCGUGUGAUUCACAUUUUUGUUUUAUGUUUUAUGUACCUAUUAGUCAUGUAAAAAAUAUUGAAAGUGAUAGUGGAUCCCUAUAUAACAUUCCGUAGUGUCCAUUAUAUUGGUUUGACAAUCCAAAUGUAGGACUUCUGACGGCGGUCUGAUUCAGGAAGUAGUUCAUCGUGUAUAUUGUAUUGUUUCAUAAGGGCUCCGUGUGCCUUUCUCAGAUGUAUCUUGAGUGCCUUCAACCAAAUCAGAAUCAGAGAUGUUUGGUUCCGAUAUUUUGGACGACCCAAGAAGGCCUUAACCUUAAUAGCAACGUCUGAAACCUCAGUCCCCACUACGCCUCGUCUCACAUGUGCCCAACACUGCCCUCUAGCGUUGGAGUUUGACUUGCAACGAUUAGUCGAUUGAUGGAAGAUUCAUAAAAUCUUAUUUCGAUAAUUGAUUAAUUGGCAGAAAUAACAUUUGCUAUUUGAUGUUAAAGAAAUUCUAAUAUUUUCUCAAUGAACAUUAUACAAUCCAUACUUUUGUUGGUUGCUUGUCAGAUAAAGCAAGUUCUUUGAAGGCAUCAUUUUGCACUACGUAAUCAAUAUGAAAAUAGCCGUUUCAGCCUAAUUGGGUACCAUGUUGUAAAUCAGUGCUUAAAACACAGCACAUCAAUCAUAGCUUCAAUGUAUAUUUUGUAUGAAUGUCCAGUUCAUGAUUAUGUUCAGGUUAUGUUUAUCAAAAGGAAAUGUUUCUAUGGGCUCGUGAAAAGUGCCCAUUUGAGUAACAAAAUAUUACUGAAUUUAAAUUCUAAUUUGGUCCUGACUUUACUAUUGACCACUGCCUGUCGUAGAAACAUUGUGUACAAAUUGUGUUUUGUGUUUAAGAAUAGGACAAAUGUUCCAGUGAACCGUUCCCCUCUGGUUCCUGGUGACUGUCUCACUGGAGACUGAUAUCCCUGUAUGUGAUUAUUUGAUUGGGGCGUCGGGGUACAGUUAGUUAUCUUCAUCCAUUCCUAGCCAAUAAUCAGUAGGUCUACUUCAACACAUGUCUUCAAAUGCUCUGUUAGUUGGCUGGGACACUUAUGUUAACAUCAUUCAAUCUAGCAAGUAUAUCUUUGCCAAAAAGUUUGUUAAUCCACAAACCAAUAGGACUAUUGAUCGAUCUCUGACAUGCCAUACUAAUAGACUAUGUUUAUUUUGUAUUGAUCAUGUGACCAAUGUAGCGGACUGUACAUUAUUAUUCUCUGCUUCACUUCCUUGACCUUGAUGACCCAACAGUAACACAAAUAAACAGUUGGUUGAACAACUCGCACUACUGUG